UGUCUAAAAAUUGUUACUAUUAAAAUAUUCCAGCUAUCGACAUCGCUUUGUUUGUGAGCUCAACCAUUUUCAUGAAUAUAAACCUGGUAGAUUGUGAUCUUGGUUUAUUUUAGAGGGCACCACAAUGCCCCUUAAUAGUAUAAAGGCCUAGGUGGGAUUGUUAUUAACCAAAUAAUUGAGGAUGAUACACCAAAACACCAUUCUCUCUCUUUUAGCAAAAUGCAAAAGUAUGAGUGAAUUGAAAAAAUUGCAUGGGCUAAUAGUCACAACACCAACUAUUAAAAGCAUAAUCCCUUUGAGCAAGCUUAUUGACUUCUGUGUUGAUUCAGAAUUUGGGGACAUCAGUUAUGCAGACUUAGUAUUUCGCCAAAUUGAUAACCCCAGCGUUUACAUUUGGAACUCCAUGAUACGAGGUUUUGUUAACGGUCACAAUCCAAGAAUGUCGAUCCUUCUGUACAGUCAAAUGAUAGAAAAUGGGUAUUCCCCAGAUCAUUUUACAUUCCCAUUUGUACUCAAAGCAAGUUCUUUAAUUGCUGAUCAAGAUUGUGGAAAAUGCACUCAUAGCCGCAUAGUGAAAUCUGGGUUUGAAGCUGAUGUCUAUACUGCUACUGGGUUACUCCAUAUGUAUGUGUCAUGUGCAGAUAUGAAGUCAGGAUUGAAAGUGUUUGAUAAUAUUCCCAAGUGGAAUGUGGUUGCUUGGACUUGUUUGAUUUCUGGGUAUGUGAACAAUAACCAGCCAUAUGCUGCUCUAAAGGUGUUUGAAAACAUGUGCCAUUGGGGUGUAGAGCCCAAUGAAAUCACCAUGGUGAAUGCUUUGAUUGCCUGUGCCCGUAGUAGAGAAAUCGAUACCGGACGACGGGUCCAUCAGCGCAUUCGUAAGGCUGGUUAUGAUCCCUUCAUGUCCACAUCGAAUAGUAACAUCAUCCUUGCAACUGCAAUUCUUGAAAUGUAUGCCAAAUGUGGUAGUUUGAAGAUAGCAAGAGACCUGUUCAACAAAAUGCCGCAGAGAAACAUUGUUUCUUGGAACAGUAUGAUUAAUGCCUACAAUCAGUAUGAGAGGCAUCAGGAGGCGCUAGAUCUCUUUUUUGAUAUGUGGAGUAAUGGCUUUCAUCCUGAUAAGGCUACCUUUCUGAGUGUCUUGAGUGUUUGUGCCCAUCAGUGUGGUCUGGCAUUGGGACAAACUGUUCAUGCUUAUCUGUUGAAAACCGGCAUUGCAACAGACAUUGCCCUGGCAACUGCUCUUCUUAACAUGUAUGCCAAGACUGGUGAGUUAGGAAGUGCACAGAAGAUUUUUAAUAGUUUGCAAAAAAAGGAUGUGGUGGUGUGGACUAGCAUGAUCAAUGGUUUAGCGAUGCAUGGUCAUGGAAAUGAAGCAUUGAGUAUGUUUCAAACAAUGCAAGAGGAUAGUUCUCUAGUCCCUGAUCAUAUUACCUAUAUUGGAGUUUUAUUCGCAUGUAGUCAUGUUGGACUGAUUGAAGAGGCUCAAAAGCAUUUUAGACUAAUGAUAGGGAUGUAUGGUAUAAUGCCAAGAAGAGAGCAUUAUGGCUGCUUGGUUGAUCUUUUGAGUCGGGCUGGUUUAUUAGGAGAAGCAGAAAGAUUAUUAGAGACAAUGUCCGUACAACCAAAUAUUCCCAUUUGGGGUGCUAUUUUAAAUGGCUGCCAGAUUCAUGAAAACUUGUGUGUUGCUAAUCAAGUGAAAGUACGACUAGCAGAGCUGGAACCUGAUCAGAGUGGAGUGCAUGUUCUUCUAUCCAAUAUAUAUGCUAAGGCUGGCAGGUGGGAAGAGGUGAAUGUGACUAGAAAAGUUAUGAAGCAUAGAAGGAUAGCAAAAACAAUUGGUCAUAGUUCAGUUGAAAUGAAGCUGUUAAGCUAAUGGUCAUAUUAAGAUUGAUUCGUUGUCUCAAAUGAUAUAAAUAUUGAUCCGUGUAUUAACUUCAAUUGGGAAGAGAGUAUUAACGUACCCUCAGCCUCAGGUGUCUGAAAUACAAGCUCAGAACCGUUGUCCACGGGGGCAUUUCUCCAUUUCCUUUCAGCUGCUUUGCUAAGUUAAUACCCCCUCAAUUUUUUGGUGAUUUUGGCACUGGUGAGAUCCUUGAAGGAAUUGUCAUGAAACGGAAACGUACAUGAUAUGAUGGCAAAGUUUUCUUAAUUUAUUAGAUGUGAUUCGUCCUUUUCUUCCACCAGUGGAGUUUAUAAAAAUUGAGCCAAAUUUAUGCAACAUGUAAAUAGAUGUGAUUCAGAAUUAAGAGGUAAAAUUUUGUAAAGUGUCUUAUUUUAUUUUUUGUCACUGUAUAGUCUAUAUUAUUUAUACUACUGGCGCACACGCUCCCUUAUAUGAUUAUUGACCAAGAUUAACCUUGAUUGGGCUGACUGAACCAGCUACUUCAACUUUUCCAUUUAUGGUG